AUGAGCGAUCAGAAAUCAUCUAGUAAUGCCAGUGGGAAGCGGUGCUUUGUGACCAUCGGCGCAACAGCCCCCUUCAAUAGCCUGGUCCGGGCCGUCCUAGAGCCAACAUUCAUCAAACCUCUCUGCGAUGCAGGGUAUACACAGCUACGAGUCCAAUAUGGCAACCAGGAAGGCGAGGCUAUCUUCCAAGAGCGAUGCAAAAUUCUAAAGGAAGCCGGGUUCGAUCAAGGCAUCGAGAUUACAGGCUUCGGGUUCAACAGGGAAGGGUUGCGAGGGGAGAUGCUGGCAGUGAAGGGCCAAUCGCCACAGGACGAAGGGAUGGUCAUCAGCCACGCCGGAUCGGGAUCAGUUCUUGACGCCCUGCGCAUCGGCGUGCCCAUUGUGGUGGUCCCAAACACCGAUCUGUUGCACAACCAUCAGGUAGAGUUGGCCGAGGCUCUGGCCGAGCAGGAGUAUGUGAUCCACGGCAAGCUCGACAACCUCGCGGGUUCGAUAGCGAGCGUCGAGGAGUUGCGGAGGAAGAUGAAGCAGUGGCCGCCGCUGAGGUCGGGGGAGGAGAAGUACAAACGCGGGCUGGAGGACGUUAUUGCCGAGGAGAUGGGCUGGCAGAUUGGCUGA